CAGAAUAUCUACCAAACAGAAGCUCAUUGCUCACCUGACUGAGGCGGAUUCACUUUUAAAGGACCUCUUGGAUUUGAUGGUGAAGAAAACGUGUGUGAACUAUGAACCGAUUGUGAAGUUAUUGUUGGAAAAGGACGAUCAGAUAAAAAAAUCAAUUAAAGAAGAUGUUAACUAUAACUUAGUUGAGAUUCAAAACGCAAUCCGAAAGAAAAUCGAUUGUCUUAAAUCGGAUUGCUUAAAAAGCGAUCAGCUAAUACUUGAUUACCAAAUGCAACUAAAAAAAGCUGAAGUUCUUUUGAGCACUGCUUUGUUUUAUUCUCGUCAAAAAAUUGACUCGAUGGCUACUGCUGUAAAAAAUCCCGUCGACAUUGAAGAGCUAAUUCGUUUCUCCCACCGUAUAAGCGCAACUCACGGCGCGGUCGCCCCUGAUAAUUGGGUUCAGGGUGAUACAAGACGUCCUUACCCCAACAAAGAGGAGAUUCGCCGCGGUUAUCUGGGGUACUUAGAUGAUGCUGGAAUAUUUCAACAAUCUCUUUGGGAUGCAGUUGCUGCCACUAAUGCAGCCGGAGCCAAUGCCUGCUCUAGCUCUAAUCCGAGCUCAUCAUCAGCUGCUCCCCUAAGUUCAACUAUAAGUCACCGUCCAGCUAAUGUAACACAGCACUCUUCUAGUAGCCUUGAGAACAACACGCGUGGGUCAUUUGAAUAUUCCUACGUUAAAUCCUAUACUAUAUUUGAUGAUGGAAAAAAUUAA